AUGGAUAAUAAUGGUUUGGAAUUUACUUUAAACCUGGAAAAUAGUAUUCUGUUUCAACAACCUGAUAACACAUCGAAAAAAGAAAUUGGAUCAAAAAAUGAUAAUGAUGCCAAAAUGAGUACAACACAAGCAAAUGAUGUGGACAAACUAUUCUUUAAUAGCAUUAGUGGUGUAAAAAUAGAAUUGAAGCGAAAAGAGAAUAUAAAAGACUCUAUUAAACAAGGUUUAUUUGAGAAUGAAAAUUCAAAAAUUUGGAAGAAUGAUGAUACAUAUGGUAUUAACAUUAACGAACUACAUGAUAGAAUAGAGUCUAACAGACAUUCAGAAGAGAAAUUCAAUUUAGUUAAAGAAGAUAAAGACGUUCAGCAUGGAAAAUUACAAGCGAAGAAAGGUACAUCCACUUUAUGGGUUGAAAAAUGGAAACCUCGAAAAUUUAUUGAGUUAGUGGGAAAUGAAGCGACAAAUAGAAGAGUUUUAUUUUGGCUACGACAAUGGACUCCUGUGGUUUUUAAAGAAACAUUACCAAUAAAUCAUAAAAUUCUAAAUAGUAAAAAGGGAAAAGACUAUAAUGAUACUGUACAAUUUGAGGAUCCAUUCCACAGACCUUUCAAAAAAAUUCUUUUAAUCCACGGUACACCUGGUAUUGGUAAAACAUCUGUAGCACAUAUUAUCGCAAAACAACAAGGUUAUACAGUAAACGAAAUAAAUGCAAGUGAUGAAAGAUCUGGAACGUUCGUCAAAGAAAAAAUCCAUAACGAUCUAUUCUCUAAUACUUUUGAAAACAAGCCUAUUUGUUUGAUUGCAGAUGAAAUUGAUGGUUCUAUUGAAAAUGGGUUUAUUAAAGUGUUAUUAGAUAUCUUAAGGAACGAUAAAAUAGCUACAAACUAUUAUCUUUCGAAUUUGGAGAAAAUUAACAGAAGAAGCAAAACCGACAAGGAAGCGAGUCAGAUUAGAAAAAAAUUGAAGCAUUUAUUAAUGAGACCUAUUAUUUGUAUUUGUAAUAAUUUGUAUUCGUCCAGCUUAGAGAAACUUAGACCGUUUUGUGAAAUAAUUCCAUUUAAGAAACCUAGUGAAAAGGCUAUAAUAGAGAGGCUGUCAUACAUUUUGGAAAAGGAAUCUACUAAUAAGCAUGAAGGACAAAUUGAUGUCGAACUAUUAAAAACUAUAAUUGAUUCAUCUCAAAAUGAUUUAAGAAAUUGUAUAAACAAUUUACAAUUCUUUUGUCUCGAUAGAAACACAAAUAGAGGUACUGGCAAUAUAUCGAAAGAUUUUAAAUCAUCUUGGUUCAAAGUUGUAAAUGAAAUUUUUCAGAAAGAUUCUCAGAUAUCUAACAAGUUACAAAUGAAAAAUUUAAUGAAGACAUUGGAGGUCCAAGGAGGUAUGGACAAAAUUAUUAGUGGCUGUUUUUCAAUGUAUCUACAAGUUAAAUACACUGAUAAUGGGUUGCUGAAGCCAUCAAAAAUAUCAGAUUGGUUAUAUUUUAAUGACGCAAUUGACCAUUCUUUAUAUAAUUCUGGAAUCAGCAAUGGUGGGGAGUUACAGCGAUAUAACUCUGCUGUGGCUUUAAAAUUUUUUGAUUUUUUCAGUGAUAUUGGGAAUAAAAAUGAUAUAAGAAUCAAGAGCCAUGAUUUUGAAGUAAAGCAACUAAUUAAAGGCAACAAUGAAAUAGUUAAAUUAUUAUUAUCUAGAAUUGCUACAAACAACCCAUCGCUAUCAACUUUUGUAAAUAAAAAGUCACUGAUUUUUGACAUACUGCCGAUUCUAGAUUCACUUGUGUCGUAUGAUCUAUCAAGUAUGCAUAACUCUAUCACCAAAAAUAAAAUAUAUGAUAAUCUUAUUGAGACAAUUAAUAGUUAUCAAUUAUUAUUAAACAAAUCGUCAAUUGCAAAUAUUUUGUCGACACACAAUUUUUCAAAUGUCAAUGAAAAUAGUAAAGAUAAUUAUUUAGGUUCACUUGACAUGAAUAGGCAAAUAUUAGCUUUAGAUCCACCCAUUAAUAAAAUAGUUUUAUUUGAUCCAAAGUCAGCUCUAAAUGUUACUAAUAAGAGACCAUAUACGCUAAACCUACUUCUAGCAAAGAUUGAGGAGACAAAAGCGAAAAAGAGACAUCGUGAUAUGGUAAUGAGUCAAUCUUCGCAUUUGAAUGAAGCCAAAUACAAAAAGCAGAAACAAGAUGUUGCAGUUGUUUCUUCAGCGGAGAGCACAACUUCAAGUACUAGCACAGUUGACUUUUUUAAAUCACAAUACAAUUUAAUGACGAAGAAAAAUGAAAAGGAGCUUGGUAGGAAUUCUACGUCGAAUGAAUUAACCAACGCAAAUGUUAAUAGUAGUGGGGAGCAACACAUUCGUAUAUGGGUAAAAUAUAAAGAAGGUUUUUCAAAUGCAGUGAGGAAGAAUGUUAAUUGGAAUAAUUUUUGGGAAUAA